AUGCCUGUCUUAGUAGCUCUAUUCGCAUCGCCAUCUAGUCCAUCGUUUUCAGUUAAUCUGUUUCAUAAUCAAACCUUGAACCUGACCAGAGCAAAUGGUAAUUCUCCCACAAACUUUGCUAUCCACUUCGAUCUCAAGCUAAAAAACGAAAACAAAGCAAUAGGUCUUCAUUACCCAGAUCAAAUAAAUAUCACAUUUUCUUACUUCCCAAAUGUAUCCACGCUUGCCAUUUUAGCAGACUACAAGUUGGACAGCUUCUAUCAGGGUAAUGGGAAGACUAAACGUGUGCGAGACAUGGUGGAAACAAAUGGAUUUCCUACAGUGUUGGAAGGGACGAAUAUGAUAGUUUUUCGAGUAGAUUUGGUGGGUUCGUUUAGGUAUAAAAAGGUUGGAACGAAGAGGCAUAAAGUGGAGUUGGGAUGUCUUGUGGGUGUAGAUUCCACCACCAGCAACAAAAUGCAGAAAGGGUUUAUUGGAAUGGUUGAGCCUGGUCUUGAUUCCAAGCUGAAGAAGAAACCUCCACCAGAUCCACCGUGA